CCCUUGUGUAGAAGAAGCCGCUUGCUUCGCCCGGGAGUGAGCCGAUGCCGACCCAGGAGGGGCUCUAGGUGUUCACAGGAGUGGAUGGAUAUUGAAGCGGCUUUUGGAUCCUGGAGGGAUGGUUGGCUAUGACCCUGAUUCCCAGUGCACGUCCUUAUCAGCAGUGGAAAUAGCAGCUGCAGGGUCUGCAUCUGGUUUGGUCACUCGGGCACUGAUUGGCCCCUUUGAUGUCCUAAAGAUCCGUUUUCAGCUUCAGAUAGAACAGCUGUCUUCCAGAAACCCACAGGCUAAAUAUUAUGGUAUCUGGCAGGCCACUCGCCAGAUUUUGGGGGAGGAAGGGCCGAAGGCUUUCUGGAAGGGCCAUGUCCCAGCUCAGCUCCUCUCGGUCAGCUUUGGAGCUGUCCAGUUUGUCAGCUUUGAGUUUCUGACAAAAUUGGUGCACGAUGGCACAUCGUAUCAUGCCCGUGACUUUGCUGUGCACUUUGCCUGUGGCGGUUUGUCUGCUUGUGCUGCCACCAUGACGGUUCAACCCCUUGACACACUGCGCACCCGCAUGGCUGCCCAAGGAGAGCCAAAGAUUUACAGGAACCUCCGACAUGCUGUGGUCAACAUAUACCAGACAGAAGGCCUGCUGACCUUUUAUAAGGGUCUCAGCCCAGCCGUCAUUGCAAUUAUCCCCUAUGCUGGCCUCCAGUUUUCCUUAUAUAACCUCCUGACCACACUGUAUGAAUGGAUCAUUCCGAGAGGAGGAUCGCAAACAGGCAAUGUUAAACACUUCGUGUGUGGCAGUUGUGCUGGAGUCAUCAGCAAAACCCUCACUUACCCUUUUGACCUGUUCAAGAAGCGACUGCAAGUGGGAGGCUUUGAGCAAGCCCGGGCCACAUUUGGGCAGGUGCGGACCUACAGUGGUUUAAUGGACUGUGCCCGGAAGAUUGUGCAGGAUGAGGGAGCCUGUGGAUUCUUCAAGGGCCUCUCCCCAAGCCUACUGAAGGCUGCGUUCUCAACAGGCUUCACCUUUUUCUGGUAUGAGCUCUUCUGCCGUCUGAUGCAUACCCUGAAGGACAUGAACAGCUCUAAGAGGGAGAAAGAUUGACGUAAGCUUCUAUCUGCAGCAGAUGUUGCUGAACUCUGUCAGCCUUGCCAUUGUACGGGUGGGGGUAGGGUUGAGGGAGGAGUACAGUGCAGUGAGAUGUCUCUUUGCCACCGCACAAGACACACAUUAAUGAUAACUUGGGCUGAAGCAAGGCAGCUGGCCCUCCACGGCUUAUGUCAGGGGCAUUGCAGACAGUCCUUUGCACCUACGGCACAGACUGCUUCCUGUUACUUCUCCCCUGUAAGAGACAUUACCUAAUCCUGGGAAGAAUUUUUAAAUAUAUAACUUUUGGAAACUGUUGAAACCAUUCUGACUGAUGGUUUGCUCCAAGAACCGGAUGUCCUCAUCUUGUUUGCAAAGCUCUGUCUGCUCUUUCGAUCCUGUUGCAACUGGUGCCAUAUUGGUUGCCUUGACAUGCUGGCGUCCCCUUUAACUCUCCAAGGACACAGUCCUUCCUCCCGUCACUAAAGAGUUGUGCCUCUGCAAGUGACUGGCUGGUUUCCCCCCACAUUGCAGAUUUGCAAUGAUGAGCCUAGAGCGGCUUUGUUUCUUGCUCCUUGGCAUUUGUGAGUUUGUUAAGGGGGUGGCUGCCUGUUGAAUAAAUGGUGAUGGCACGGGCAAUGAAAUUGCAGUGUCAUCUCCAUCUCUUGGUCUUGCUUCUUGUUGGUAGUUUUAUGGGGCAUUAUGAUGUCGCCAUGUUUCAUGAGCAAUGGAGCAGGUUCUGUAUUAAACAACCAAAAAAAUGCUCCGUAAGGAAGAGAGUGUUGCAGAAGUGUCUGAAGAUCAUCCAGACGGCAAUGUGAAAGAAGAGUGGGGUGUGCAACCACUGUGCAUAUAGCCAUUGCAUCGGUGGUUCCAUUGGUGCUAGUGUUCUUCCUUUCCUCUCACACACACACACACGUAUUUCAUUGCCUAGCCAAACUGCAAGUGGCAGGAAAUAUGCAACCAGUAGUCGUACAAAGCAUCCACAUUUAUAAAGGACUGGCUUCUAUGUGAUUUUAAAUUUAUCAUUCGUGCACAUAUAUAUCUCUCUGUGCCAUUGCAAAGAUUUAUGGUGACAUGCCCCAACUGAAAUCCCCAUUCUUGUGCUUUGUCACCUACUCCACUUUGGCUUUUUUAUUUAUUUACAAUAGACGAUAUCAGUCUCAUGCAGUGCAGUCCUAAGCAGAGUUCUGCUCUUCUAAGCCAGUUGAAGCCAACGUGCUUUGAAGGGUGGAACUCCGCUUAGGAGGGCACAGUUAGUUCCUAACCAUCACACUAUAAUAAUGAAGAAAACACACGUAAGUGCGCACACGUUGCAAAUGUUAUUAUUAUGUGGGUCUUUUUUCUUCUUUUUUUGUACAUUUUUCCUUCUCCAAAAUUUUAUCCCCUUGGGUCAAGGAAGCUUUCUUCUUCAGACUAACCCUGAGCUAAAGUCAGUUGAAGUCAACAUUUUGCAAACAAAGGGCUAAACUAUCCUGUUGCUAUAAGCAAAUUUGACAGGAAACUAGCACAAGUGGUUGAGAACGUGUCUGGGGUACCAGAGAACUGAAGUCUGCUUUCAUACCCUUGGAGGAGAGAGUCCCAGUUCUGGUCCACUGAUGGCUGUGUUGGUCUGCUGUUCGUUGUUUUUAAUGAAGAGUAUGCAGCAGCAUAGCAUUUAGGGUUGUACAUCUACUGUAAGGCUCUGAGUAUACUAGAUCCAUCUGUGCUAAUUCAUAUUAUCUGCUUUAAGUGCUGGAAGCAGUGGUCCUGUUUCCCAUUUCAAUCUAUAGCAAAUGGCACUUUCCUCCUACAGUCCAACUGUAACAACACUGUAGCAUAGAUGAUUAAGUGGAGCUUGUUAGAAUGGAUCAAGUUCCUGUGCCUUUGCAAGUCAAGGCAAUGACUAAGUUGGGAUCUCAUGCAAACCACCUAGCUUUCCCACCAGGCAAGCGGAUUCUGCUUCCCUCCUGUGAUCCUGUCUCACAAUAAUGCAGCACAUGUUCAGUCACGUGGCCUACUUGAGGAGGAAAAUGGAGGGGAAAUGUGCUCAUGUUCCUUUUACCACAGCACGAAUCCAGGUGUAAGUGAGGCUUCUGGUGAGGGUGGGAGAGAUCUAAAAAGAGGGGGUUAAAAGCAACAGUGCUCGGUUCCAUCCUUGUGCAAAAGUUGCUACACGGGUUUUUUUUUCUUUCAGAACUAGCAGGAUGGAUCUUAUUUCUGAGGUGAUUGGAUCACCCUUGAUCAGUACCGUUGGAGCCCUGUCACUUAGGGACAUAGAAAUUGUAACUGGGAAAGACCCUUCAGGUCACGCUGUACUUCCCGUCUUGGGGUUCUUCCUUAUACUCUUAACAGUGUGACUUUUAUUUAACCGACACCUUUGAAGUUUUGUGAGAUUCACGUUCCCUCCGCUGCUUAUCAGAGGAGAGUUGGCCUGAAAUUCACGUUCCUUCUACCGCUUGUUUGAAGAGUUGGCCUGUAUAGCCCUUUGACUUGCUGAGAACAAAAGCUGUUUGUACCUCUAAAAUGUUUGCUUUGGACCAGCUAGUUCUCCUUCUCCCGCGUUCUCUCUUUCUGCCCAGUGCUUGUUUUCUGUUUGGCCUUCAAGUCUGGCAAGAUGAUUCUCUCUCAUAGCAGUCGCUCAGGGUGGAAAUACACAUUUUAUGGCAAACUAAGGAUUACCAAACCUUCUAAGAUGUAAUGCGCAUCUUAGGAGGAGGAAAUUUUCAGGGGAAAUGGAGGAUGGUGGAAAGGUUAAACACACUUAGGUUCACACAUGGGUUAUCCCGUGUAAACACCUUUCCACACACAGAUUCAUGUUUACUCUGGCUAACCCAGGAAUGGGGGGGGGAGGUCUAUGGUUUUGUACCUGCAAAAAUAUGCAGUUCCACUCUCAGAGCAGAGUCAGAUGUUAUUAAAGAAAUAAAGGCAAAAAAAAAA